AUGGCUUCCAACACCAAAACCAUGGCGGAGGACACACCACCAAGAUCUGAAGACCGGCAUGGAACUCUACCGAAAUGGAAUCUCACCUUGCUGAUGCCCGACAGAUACUCCAGCGCGAUCGUCACCAUCACCGUCGGCACCGACUCACCAAAGAAAUUCUACAUCCAUGAGAACAUUCUCAAAGCCAGCUCGCCCUUUCUCACGGCAGUUCUAAACAAGCGAUGGAGUGAAGGCAAAGCGAUGGAAGUCGCCCUACCAGAUGAUGAAGCUCCGGUGUUCGCAAUCUACGCCGACUGGCUUUACCAGAAAACGAUCUGCGCCAGAUUUGAAGCCAAGCCCGAGAUGACCAAGAACGACCACGACGAAGAAUGGACGUCGCUCUCGAAACUAUACGUCCUCGCCGAAAAGAUCCAAGACGACGAGUGCUGCGACGCGACCAUGAGCCGCAUGAUCAAGAGGGUCGAGGACCCGGAUGCUAACGGCAGCUGUUGGUAUCCCUCAGGAAUCACGGCGACGAGACUGUACGAUGGUACUCUACCAGGGGCGCCCGUCCGCAAGUUUCUGGUGGAAGUGCACAGGGCGAAGGGGAAGAGCAAGUGGAUUCCAGAGGCCAGCGAGUGCAACCACAUCGAAUUUUUGGCGGACUUGGUGAAGGUUCUCCUUGAUGAUCGCACGGUCAAGUCCGCUGACAACUGCUUCUCCUCGAGGAAGAAAGAGUUCCUCAAGAAGGGAUAG